GUAAGACACUAGGGAUGCGGGAGAGCAGCCUCCGCCUCCUCUGCUCAGCGCCGCCGUAGCAAGCGCCACGACGCCAACAGUCAUCGCAAGCUCUAAGUUUUAGACGCCUGCGACGGCCUGCGGUCGCGGCUGAGACGGAACUGUAUUGUUCGGCGGUCUCUAGACUGACUCUCUACAGCUUGGAGCCUUGGGCUGGACAUAUGGACGCUGACCUAAAGGCCGCGGCCCUGCGCGGCGAUCUCGCGGCUUUGUGUCGUGCGCUAAACGACGGAAAAGACCCGAGAUUGGCUGACGAGGAUGGGGAUACUGUGUUGCAUUACGCGGCGAGCAACGGCCACGUUCGCUGUGUCGAGCUGCUUGCGUUAAAUGACGCGGACGUGAACGCACGCAACGAUUAUUAUCGAACCCCGCUUACUAUGGCUGCGGCUAGCGGACACGUCGCGUCGAUCCGCGCCUUGCUUGCUGCCGGCGCGAAUGUGAAUGCGUCCUGGCGUUUAAGAAUGAUGAACGCGGGAGUACCAACUGGUGAAUUUAUGGACACGCCGACCGCGCUCCACUGGGCGGUGGGUUUCGGCACGGCCGAAGUGGUCGAAGUGCUCCUCGCUGCUGGCGCUUCUGCUGACAUCAAUGCCGAAGCCCAGUAUGGGCCGUUUGCUGCUUUUCCAACCGCCCUCGACCAGGCCAUGAAACGAUACGAGUUUGAAGCAGAGGUUAUCGUACGAGGCUCGCCCCGUCCCAGGCCGAGGGUGCGACGGAACCGCAUGGUGCCCUUGCUCGUCCGCGCGGGAGCGACGAUUAAGGAACGAUACGCAGACAGGAGUGACUACCUUAAAGCGGUACUUGACGCUGGCGGCGUCCGCGCGUACGAGCGCCUGCAUCGCUCCACGCUCGCGAACAUAUUGAACCGCGGCAACCGCCUCCCCACCGACGUCAUCCCGAAGAUCGUGGACUACUGGGCCCAUGUGGGCUGGUACGCCAUCGAGAAGGACGACAGAGAAUAUGACCAAGAACUGGACAGCCCGGCUUAAUGCUGAAUAACAUCGUAAGAAAACAA